AUGACAGAUUUCUUGCUGUCCAUGUACACUAGCUACCGUGUAUGUACGGAUGACGAAAAAGGGCUGAAACCACCAGCAGACGCGCAUCAGCUCAUCCUCAUCUCAUCUCUCCCGGACGCAGGAGGUACAUGCAGGGUGCUAAGGCAGUCUAGUGGACGCAGUAGUAGUGUAUGUAUCCUGACAAAAACAUUGGGGGUUGGCGUCUCCAGUUUCCGCCCGGCCGUGGAAGGCCAAGGUGUCAUCGUGUGCCGUAUGCUUUCCAGGAUGUGGAAUUGGGGAACGGCGUGA